UCGUUCAUAGAAUGUUGUGAUACGGACGCAGAAAACUGAAUAAUUAGUUUCUAGUUUGUUUAUAAAGGAUUUUAAAUUUUAUAGUGAAAGUUUUAUGUUAAUUAGGUUCAUUUUUCUGUUUGCAAGGAUCGACCUCACUUUAGGAUAAUAACAGACUUGUCCGAGCUUCAUCUUCAUCAGGCAGUAUUCAGAUUUUUGUUUGGAUUAUAAGGUGUCUUUUAUAAUCCAUAUGGCUUCGAGGGAGGAAAACAAAAGCGAAGAAAAAUGGUUCAGGGGUUCCGAAGGGCGCGACAAACCCGAGGGCGAUAUGACCAGCAUAACUCUGUCGGAAUUCUUUGAUUUUCUAUCAUGCGCGUACCAGUUGAACGUUGAUCUCGCGGAAAAGGACAGGGCAAAUUCGAAAAUCGAUUGGGAUAAAUUAACGUCGAACGCCCUUCUUUCGAAAUUGAUCGCCCUCCAUCAAAACGAAUUGAACAGAACGAACAAGAUGAAAAUGGACCAGAGGAACAGGAAAAUUGGCUUCGCCUCCGAACCAGAGACCAUUAAUUCGCAUAAUCUUAUAGUCGCCGGGAUACAAGACUAUCUCAACAGCAAAGUUGAGAAUGUGUUGGACGAAGGCCUAUUGGAUUCCAUAAUGCCGUUUAUGGUCCCUAAAAUAAACAGCUUCGAGUCUGGAAGAAGAUCUUCGGACGUCUCCAGGAGAAUGAGUGCCUGCGACAAUUAUUCCUCUCAACAAAACAAUUACAACGAAUCUCCCUCAGAACCAAACGAUAUUAAAGAGGUAGAAAUUGAUAUCCAGGUGUGCGAUGAGCUUAGGCACAAAACAAAAAUGUUUAAAUGCCCUAGGGACAUGCUCCUUGCGAAAAUGCAAUACUUUGCAGACGUGACCUCAGGUCAAAAAUUAGAAGACAUGGAUAUAUCUGUUCACUGCGAUUUGACAAUAUUUGAAUGGCUCAUGAAAUGGGUUAAACACACAACACCGGAUAAUAAACCUGCCCUAUUUAUCCAGAAUGUUGUUCAAGUUUUAGUAUCAGCUACAUUUUUACAAAUGGAGCCAUUGAUAUCAGAAUGCAUCGCUUUCCUUCGACAAAAUGUUGAUGAAGUUAUAAGAACAGCAUCAAGUAAUCUAUCUUGUUUGAAUGAUACUGUAAUAACUAAGAUAGCAGAUGCUUUAACCAACGUUGAAGUUGAUGCAAUGAAUGAUCCAAAAGAUAAAAUUCAGUCUCGGCUGUUUUGCAAAUUAAUCAUUUUCCUAGCUAGCAAAACGAACGAUUACAAAAAAGGUCAUUUUUCUUCGAUAGCUUAUUUGUAUAAAUGUUCCCUUUGCCAUAAAAUCCUCCACAAUGACUAUGGCCAUUACCUACCUUGUCUACCAAAAAAUAUCAAGCUGAAUACAUCCGGAACUAUGGUCGGAAUGCAUGAAGUUGAUGAAACGUGGAGCUUGAACGCAUACAUCAAAGAGCUGAAAACCGAAUUAAAGACAUGGAGAAAAGUCUAUUGGAAAUUGUACGGCAGGUGCCACUAUUUAAAGUGUUCACAUUGUUCAUGCUACUACUCUAUCUGUUACACGAACUGGUGUCGUUACCAUGAACAGUUUCCUCAGUUCUUUCCUUCUGAACAAGGCAAAUCCACUUCAUUUGUUGGUAAAUAUAUGUGCUGUGGAGCCAAAACUUAUAGGUUUGAGAUUCUACCGACUCCAUCUGGGUGUACAUUCAGGCCUCACCGCCCCCAAUUGGAUUCACAACUUAGACAAUUAUUAUUUAUAUUUGAUGGCCAUUCCAAGCUCAUAUGCAUCAAUCCACCAAAGACAAAAAUAACUUAUUCAACAAGUAAGACCUGUGAAAGCAUAACUGACGGCUACGAUGUCAACUCUGACACUAUAAGAAACGAAUAUUUUUGGUGGCAUGAGUUAAAUCUAACACACAACACCUUACAAAUGACUCUACACAAGCACAUUGCAGCUGAUGUGUUGGAAGAUGAACAUGAAGAUAAUGAUGAUAUUCAAGAUGCUGAAAACAAUAGUAACAGUUCAAAAUCCGCCAAUAAUAUACUGAGUGAAUUUAGUUCAGAAAUUUACUCGUCGAGCGAUGAGAUUGAUAGUUCCAGUGUUGAUGAGGAUGAUGUGUCUGAUGAAGAUUCACCGACUCAAUCUCACACCAGCCAUUCCAGACGACGAAAACGAUAUCGCAAUAAAAUUCAUGCAGUAAGGCGUGCACAAUUCACUAAAAGAUGGCUGCCAAAACUCUCUGUGAGAUGCAAUCAGGAUAAUCAGAGAGACAAAGAGGAAAGAAUAAUGAAAAGCUACGUCCAGAAAUUGACAAAUCGACCAUCAAAUACAAAUUGCAGCGAGUUGAAUAGAUUUCAAACUAACGGUUUUUACUCACGUUGCCCAUCGCAGGAUGAUUUAAAAUUAGCAGGUGGGACAUAUGCUCAAUUGGAGUUAGAAUGGAGGGAAUCGUUGAAACAGCCAAGUUCACCAAAAAAACGCUCUAGUUCUUUAAAAGUAAAAAUAUCAGGGAAACAAACUGGCUCUUGAUACCUGCUUAAUUUUAGGCUAACAAUAUAUACCAUUGUUUUUAAAUUUAUCUCUCAAAAUCAAUAUGUUAAGUAAUUUGUCUUUAAAUAUAAUUUUCUAUUAAAAAUUAUUUAAUCUAUCUGCCAUUAUAUCAAUUAUUGUUUUAGAGAGUAUAGUAGAUAGUUCCAGAUUCUGAAUUUGUCAUAUAGACUAAUUUUCUUUGCAUAAUUUACUGUGAGAAAUUGGACCCAGGAUGGAUUAGUGGCAGCAUCUAGUCACUACUGUAAAUAGAUUUACCUUUAUUGACUAUUAUUAAUAUAUGAGUGAAUGUCUAUUAUUUUGGUCUGCCUAUCCUCCCCGGUUUUUUCGUGUCAAGAAGCAUCUUCAUGGAAAAGAUUGAGAGUACAAAGUACAAGCAUGGUAAAUGACGGAUAUAACUUGUGGAACUGGAGGUUAACCUAAGAUCCAUCAAAAGA